AAACAGAAAAGAGGAGCUACACGGAGGAGAUCGGGAAGUCGUUAAGCAGAGAGGGGGUGGUGCAGGCCGGUAGGGACAGAGACCCCCCUCUGGAGGCGGAAAGAGGCAGGACCACUUCCGGCCAGGCGGUGCGGGGGUAGCUCAGACCUGAGGAGAGGCUUGGAGAGAGCAGACGUCCUCUGGACUCACGAGGGCGAGGUGAGCUGAGGUGGCUAGCUUUGGUAAAGACCCUGUGGGGCCUUAAAGGCUGCAGCUUCGUGGUGACUGGCUUCACACAACCUUAAGGCUCAGCUAUUACAGUCUCUCAGGAAGAUGGAUAGAAGAAAUGACUACGGUUUUCAGGUGCCCACAUUCCAGGGCCCUCUGCCUCCCCCUGGGAGCCUAGGGCUUCCUUUCUCUCCAGAUGUACAGACUGAGAGCACAGAGAAGGACAAUGUCCUGCUGAUGCAUACCCUGUUGUCAGCAUCCAAGGACCCACCGAUUGCCAGCCGGCCUAAGAAAAGCAAGACCAAGAAGACUUCUAUUAAAGCUAUCACUAAGACCACACCCACUCCCCCUCAGGUUCCAUCUGCCAAUGACAUUGCUAGCAACAAGCCUAAAGUAACUCUGCAGGCUUUAAACCUACCAAUGUUCACCCAGAUCAGCCAGGUUUCUGCUACAACUGAGGCAGCCAAUAUCCAGGCUUCAGUUACUGCUCAAACCAAGAAAGCCAAGACAAAGAGAGUUACUCCCAAGGUAUCUCUAACUGGCACUGAGGAUGUCACUACACAGCUCAAGUCGCCUUUACAGGCCCUAAACCUGCCAGUUACCUCACCAACUCUCCAGUCUCCAGUUGCCAAUGAGUCAGCUAAUUCCCUGGCCUUGAUAGCUGUCAGCAAACCCAAGAAAGCUUCUAAGGCAAAGAAGGCUGCCAAUAAGACCAUACCUAGUGCCACUGAGAUCUCACUGGCUUCGACUGCCACCCACACAGCCACUACCCAAGGCCAAAUUGCCAAGGAGACAGCUAGUAUCCAGUCCUCAGCAGCCACUAUCCGAACCAAGAAAAUUUCCAAAGCUAAGAGGACAACUGCUAAGCCCAUGAAUGCUGACACUGAGUAUGGAGAGCCCUCAAAUGCUAUUGAGGGAGCUAGCAGACAGAUUGAGGCUUCAACUGUAGUUCUAAGGCCCAAAAAGCCCAAGGGGAAGAAGGUUGCCAAUAAAGGCCCAAAUUCUGCUUCUGAGCUCUCCGAGGCUCCACCUGCCCUUCAAAUGGUCCCAAACCAUGCCCUAUCAGUGACUGUACGGAUCAGGAGAGGGUCUAGGGCUCGAAAGGCUGCCACUAAGACUCGGGCAACUGAAAGCCAGGCUCAAAUCAAUGAACAAGGAGCACAGGCCAAGAUGGCUACCUCUCAAGCCAGCAUAAGUGCCCUUGAGACUCAGGUUGCUGCUGCUGUUCAGGCCUUGGCAGAUGACUACCUGGCUCAGUUGAGUUUGGAGCCCACAACCAGAACCCGGGGCAAGAGGAACCGGAAGUCUAAGCAUCCCAAUGGAGAAGAAAGAACUGGUGGCAGUUUCAGGCGGAUCCCAUGGGGCCGGAGGCCUCCACCACCCCGAGAUGUGGCCAUUUUGCAGGAAAGGGCAAAUAAGUUGGUGAAAUAUCUGUUGGUUAAGGACCAGACAAAGAUCCCCAUCAAGCGUUCAGACAUGCUGAAGGAUGUCAUCCAAGAAUAUGAUGAGUAUUUUCCAGAGAUCAUUGAAAGAGCAAGCUAUGCUCUGGAGAAGAUGUUUCGAGUCAACCUGAAGGAAAUUGAUAAGCAAAGUAGCUUGUAUAUUCUUAUCAGCACUCAGGAGUCCUCUGCAGGCAUUCUGGGAACGACCAAGGACACACCCAAGCUGGGUCUCCUCAUGGUGAUUCUGAGUGUCAUUUUCAUGAAUGGCAACAAGGCCAGUGAGGCUGUCAUCUGGGAGGUGCUACGCAAGUUGGGGCUGCGUCCUGGGGUAAGACAUUCACUCUUUGGAGAAGUGAGGAAACUCAUCACAGAUGAAUUCGUGAAGCAGAAGUAUCUGGAAUACAAGAGGGUCCCCAACAGCAGACCACCUGAAUAUGAAUUCUUCUGGGGCCUGCGGUCUUACCACGAGACUAGCAAGAUGAAAGUCCUGAAAUUUGCAUGCAAGGUACAGAAGAAAGAUCCUAAAGACUGGGCCGCUCAGUACCGGGAGGCAGUAGAGAUGGAUGUUCAGGCUGCAGCUGUGGCUGUGGCUGAGGCUGAGGCCAGGGCUGAGGCAAGAGCCCAAAUGGGGAUUGGAGAGGAAGCUGUGGCUGGGCCCUGGAAUUGGGAUGACAUGGAUAUUGACUGCUUAACAAGGGAAGAGUUGGGUGAUGAUACUCAAGCCUGGAGCAGAUUUUCCUUUGAAAUUGAUUCCAGAGCCCAAGAAAAUGCAGAUCCUACCAACAAUGUCAACUUCAACCAAGGAGCUAGUACUAGAAAUAGCUUCAGUGAUGGUGCUAGUAUUAGCUUUGGUGGCAUACCCAACCCCAGUGGUGGCUUUGGUGGCAUACCCAAUUCUAAUAGUGACUUUGGUGGCAUACCCAACUCUAAUGGUGGCUUUGGUGGCAUACCCAACUCCAAUGGUGGCUUUGGUGGCAUACCCAACUCUAAUGGUGGCUUUGGUGGCAUACCCAACUCCAAUGGUGGCUUUGGUGGCAUACCCAACUCUAAUGGUGGCUUUGGUGGCAUACCCAACUCUAAUGGUGGCUUUGGUGGCAUACCCAACCCCAAUGGUGGCUUUGGUGGCAGAAAUGGCAUUACCUUUGGUAGUUCACCCAAUACCUCUGCCAACUUCAGCAGUGCAGCAAGCAUUAGCUUUGGAGACACAUCCAUCACUAGCACUAGUUUCAGUGGUGGAGCCAGCAUUAGCUUCAGUGGUACACCCAGUACUAGUGCCACUUUCUGUGACACAGCAAGCAUUAGCUUUGGUGGUGCAUCUAGCACCAGCACUAGCUUCAGCAGCACCACCAGCAUUAGCUUUGGUGGUUCGCCCAGCACUAGCACUAGCUUCAGCAGCACCGCCAGCAUUAGCUUUGGUGGUUCGCCCACCAUUAGCAGUAGUUUCAGUGGUGGAUCCAGCAUUAGCUUUGGUAGUUCUCCUACCACCAGUACCAGUUUCAGUGGUGGAGCCAGUAUUAGUUUUGGUGGUGCACCGUGUACGAGUGCCAAUUUCAAUGGUGGAGCCAGCUGUGGCUUUGGAGGCACACUUAGUAGUACAGCUGGCUUUGGUGGUGCACUUAGCACAAGCACCAGCUUUGGCAGCGCACCUACCACAAGCACUGUCUUCAGUGGUGCAGUUAGCACCACUACUGGCUUUGGAGGCACACUUAGCACUAGUGUCUGCUUUGGUAGCUCCCCCUGCUCUGGUAUUGGCUUUGGAGGCACACUCAGUACCAGUAUCUGCUUUGGUAGUUCUCCUAGCACCAAUACUGGUUUUGGCGGUACACUCAGCACCAGUGUUUCCUUUGGUGCUUCUUCUAGCACCAGCUCUGACUUUGGUGGCACAGUAAGCACUAGUGUCAGCUUUGGUGGCUCUUCUGGCACCAGUGCUGGCUUUGGCGGUACACUCAACAGCAGUACCAGCUUUGGUGGUACCAUCAGCACCAGUGCUGGCUUUGGCAAUGCACUCAACAGCAGUGCCAGCUUUGGUGGUGCCAUAAGUACUGGCUUUGGUGGUGCACUCAACAGCAGUGCCAGCUUUGGCGGUGCCAUCAACACCAGCACCGGCUUUGGCAGUGCACUCAACAGCAGUGCCAACUUUGGUGGUGCCAUUAGCACCAGUUCUGGCUUUGGCAGUGCACUCAGCACCAGUGCCAGCUUUGGUAGUGUACUCAAUGGCAGUUCUGGCUUUGGCGGUGCCAUCAGCACCAGUGCCAGCUUUGGUAAUGCACUUAAUAGUAAUGCUGACUUUGGCAGUGCCAUCAGCACCAGUGCCAGCUUUAGUGGUGCACUCAGUGGCAGUUCUGACUUUGGCAGUGCUAUCAGCACCAGUGCCAGCUUUAGUGGUGCACUCAGUGGCAGUACUGGCUUUGGCAGUGCUAUCAGUACCAGUGCCAGCUUUGAUGGUGCACUCAGUAACAGUGCUGGCUUUGGCAGUGCCAUCAGUACUAGUGCAAGCUUUGGUGGUGCACUCAAUAACAGUACUGGCUUUGGUGGUGCUAUCAGUACCAGUGCCAGCUUUGAUAGUGUACACAGUAACAGUGCUGGCUUUGGCGGUGCUAUCAGUACCAGUGCCAGCUUUGGUGGUGCUCUUAGUAACGGUGCUGGCUUUGGCAGUGCUAUCAGUACCAGUGCCAGCUUUGGUGGGGCACUCAAUAACAGUGCUGGUUUUGGUAGUGCCAUCAGCACCAGUUCCAGCUUUGGCGGUGCAAUCAGCACCAACCCUGACUUUGGUGGUGCAUUCAGUACCAGUGUUGGCUUUGGUGGGGCACUUAGUACCACUGACUUUGGUAGUACCCACAGCAACAGCAUUAGCUUUGGUAGUGCUCCCACUACCAGUGUCAGCUUUGGUGGUUCUCAAAGUACUAACCUCUGUUUUGGUGGAGCACCUAGCACCAGUCUCUGUUUUGGCACUGCAUCUAACACCAACCUAUGCUUUGGAGGCUCUUCCAGCACCAACUCCUGCUUUAGUGGUGCUACCAGUGCCAAUUACAGUGAGGGCCACAGCACCAGUGCCAUUUUCAGUUUUGGGAAUGGGCUAAGUACCAGUGCUGGCUUUGGAAACGGAUUAGGCACCAGUGCUGGCUUUGGCAGCAGCCUAGGUACCAGCAGUGGCUUUGGUGGAAGCUUAGGCCCCAGUGCUAGCUUCAAUGGUGGCCUGGGCACCAGCACUGGGUUUGGUGGUGGAUUAGGCACCAGCAAUGAUUUUGGUGGUGGACUAAGUCCUAAUGCUGACUUCAGUGGGGGACUGGGUACCAGUGCUGGCUUCAAUGGUGGACUAAACACUAGCACUGGUUUUGGUGGUGGACUGGGCACUAGUGCUGGUUUUGGUGAUGGACUUGGCAGCAACACUGGCUUUGGUGGUGGACUGGUCACUAAUGAUGGCUUUCCUGGUGACCUGAGUACAAAUAAUGGUUUUGGUGGCACACUUGGCACUGGUGCAGGCUUUAGUGUAAGCCUCAGCACUGGCGAUGGCUUUGGCAGUGGGCCUAAUGCCAGCUUCGACAGAGGACUGAAUACCAUCAUUGGCUUUGGCAGUGAUUCCAACACCAGCAGUGGCUUUACUGGUGAAACCAGCACCGGCUCCAGCUUCAGUAAUGGACCCAGUUCUAUUGUUGGCUUUAGUGGUGGACCAAGCACUGGUGCUGGCUUCUGCAAUGCACCAAGCACUGGUGGCUUUGGUGGUGGACCAAGUACAGGAGCUGGCUUUGGCGGACCAAGCACUGGAGGUGGCUUCGGAGGACCAAGCACUGCAGCUGGCUUUGGUGGUGGACUGAGCACCAAUACUGGCUUCAGUGGUGGUGGACUGAGCAGCAGUGCUGGCUUCGGUGGUGGACUGAACACCAGUGCUGGAUUCAACGGUGGACCAAGCACCGGUACUGGCUUUGGUGGUGGAGCCACUAACCUCGGUGCCUGUGGCUUCUCUUACGGCUAGUGAAGUUUCAGGUUUCUUACGUUUGUUACCCAUGUUUACAGGUAACACUAACGCAGCAGUACUUCCCAUGGAGCCAAUGUGCAGCUUUGGAAUCUUUGUCCACACAGCAGCCUAACCAGCUACAACCCAUUAGCUGAGCGAAACACUAAGAAAAAUCUGCUGUUCCUGCUUUGUGUUUGCUUCUUGUGUUGUUGUCAUAUUUUGGUAUCAGA